AUGUCAGAGGUCCUUACUGUAGAUGCUAUUUUGUUUGGGCUCUUGGUCUUUUCUGGCAUCCUGGGAAACAUCUUGGUCAUCCAUGUGGUGUUUCAGUCAGCUGUUGAGAGUCCGUCUCGGAGACUCUGCCCCUCUGACACCAUUCUGGUGCACCUGUCACUGGCCAACCUGCUGACCUCACUUUUCCGCACGGUGCCCAUCUUUGUGUCAGACCUGGGCUUGGAUGUGUCUCUGUCGCCGGGCUGGUGCCGAAUCUUCAUGCUGCUGUGGGUGUGGUGGCGAGCUGUAGGCUGUUGGGUGACUCUAGUUCUUAGCCUCUUCCACUGCACUACCUUGAGGCGACAGCAUGUGGCCUUUGGACCUCUCGCACAGCAGAGGGAGAGGCUGCGGGUUUUGGUCGUCCUGGGGCUGGUGUGGGGGGCAAACCUGGUCUUCUCAAUUCCAGCUCUGGUAUAUACCACUCAUGUUCACGGAAACACCACUGUGGAGCUGAUGGUGAUCAGUUGUACCACCAGGCCUUUGCUGGGCUGUAUCUGGGAGUUCCCCUCCACCGAGCAGGGCUCAGCCUUUGCCUCCACCUCGCUGGCACUUAAUGAGGUGUUACCACUGGUGCUGAUGGUUUGCACCAACCUGGCCACGCUUCAUGCUCUUGCAAAACAUAUUCGAGCUGUUACCUCAGGGGCAGAGUCAGGAGGAGCUCAUGGGGAGCUGGACAAACAUGUGUCCACUGAACGCAAAGCAGCUCAUGUAAUCAUGUCGCUAGUGUCUCUCUUCGUGGUCUGCUGGGCGCUACAGGUUGCUGCGGUGACAUACUACAACCAUGACGGGGGACACCACGCUGAAGGGCUGCUGACUGUGGCCCACUUCUCUGCCUCGCUGUUUGUAGGCUUCAGUCCUAUGGUAGUGGCCCUGGGACAUGGCAAGCUGAGAAGGAGAAUCAUGAGUAUGAUACAGGGCUCGUGUAAGUUUCUUAAAUGUCACAGUGAGGACACUGAAGAGGUGGGUGAAUCUCCAAAAACUACAGGAAAGAAGGGAAAAGACACUGUUUUUAUUGUUCAGAAAGGGAGCAAGGUCAUAAAAGUGGAGGCGAAAGUUAAAGCAAACAAAUGA